AGAUGGGCGGCUGCGUGAGAGUGCGUGAUGAUAUCCUGUCUGUCCAUCCACAUCCACUCGCUCCCCCAAUACACACACACCGCUUCUCCCAAGUCGUCGUGUUCUGUCCCAGGACGCUGACGCUGCGAGUCUCCCCCGUCUGAGAGACAAUGGUUUCUUUCUCCUGCGAGAGCUGCGGCGAUGUCCUGACCAAGAAGAAACUCGAUCCGCACAGGAACCAAUGUCGCGGGGCUACCUUCACCUGCCUGGACUGCAUGGUCCAUUUCUACGGCACCGAGUAUCGCGCCCACACUAGCUGCAUCAGCGAAGCACAGAAAUACCAGGGGUCGACGUACAAGGACAAGAAGAAGGGCAACAACCAGCAAAGACAGCAGGACUCUCAGGCACAGCAGUAUCAGAAUACUGCUCUGGUUCCUCAUGCGUAUGUCGAGUCUGAGCAAGAUGCCUCAGUCGCAAUAGUGGACGCUCCACCCCGCGCGCCCUCUCCGCCCGUCAAUGUCUUCGACUUUCUCGUCGAGGACAAGACUCCUAAUGCCUCGCGCCUCGCCCUGCCAGACGUCGACGAGACACGUAUGAUUGAAGAUACACAUCACGAAAACGCCGCACCCACGACACAUUCGCAAGAACUCGUACGGCACGACUACCAGAACACAGAGCACCUCCCUGUCCCCGGUGCAUACGACUCUCAAGAAGCCUAUGCCGACACAGGCUUCUCCUACGGCCACGCUCCCGUCGCACCCUCCUUCGAACGCUUCAACUCCUACACCGAACCCAACCACCCAAAGAACAGCUACACCACCCCAGCGCCCAAGAUCCGCGAAGUCCGACCGCGCGAACCCUCCGACCGCAUGACUGUCCCGUCCACAGACAAGAAACGCAAGCGCGCAUCCCCGAACCCACUCGACAUGCACGCCGUCCACGCCCAACAGGCCGCCGAUACCCUCAUGACCGACGCCCCGCCCGAACUCCACUCCGGCCUGACCGGCGGUCUCUCCCGCCUCCUUGCCCGUCCCGCGUUUCCGCCCAGCCCCGAUUACUCGGGCGCCGACUGGGUCGACGCCGAGGCCAGCCCGAUGAGCCCGCUCAAGCGCAGUAAGAACGCCCACAUCGAGCGCGAGCGGGGCCGCGAACGUGAACGCCGCAAGAGCGCGAGUAAGGGGCGCGCCGUCCAGCUGGUCCAGGUGCGCAAGCGGCCGAAGCGUGGCUCGGGCGAGCGAGAGCGUGAACGUGAACGAGAGCGAGAGCGUGAAGGUACCGAGGAGCGCCGACGCAGACGCAAGCGCCGUAGCGACGAGAGUUCGGGCGACCGCGACGGGCGGCGCGCCGUCAAGAGAAUCGAGUAUCGGGUGCCCAGUGACGGCUCGGACAAGUCGGGCGACUCCCGCGCACUGGUGCUACACAAGAGCGAGGACCUGAAAGUGACGGCGCAUAACCGAGACGGCGACGCGGCCUUUGCGGCGCAGCGCGCAGAUCUAUUCAUGCGAUUUGUGAAUAAAGGCCCCGAGAGCGUGCACGGGAUGAGCAUGAACAAGGCGCUGAAGAGAUAUCAUCGCGAGCGCAGUGAGCGCUGGGACGACGGCGAGGAGUGGGGCGGGCUGAGCAAAGGCGAGGAAGAGAAGGAGCUGUGGAAGAGUCUGCGGGUGCGGCGCAAUGAGCGGGGAGAGAUUGUUCUGUUCUUCUGAAUGGUUGGA